UUUUUUUUUUUUUCUUUCUCAUUACUGUUAAUAAUGUCUUAUCAGCAACACUAUACUGCGCCUCCUCCUGCUUACGAUGCUGAAGCCAAUCAACCUUUGAUGGGUGGCAAUGAAACGGAUGAUAUAUUCAAAGUAGUCAAUAGUAGUGUCGAUAUUCGUAUGCAAUUUGUACGAAAGGUAUAUUCUAUUCUAUCUGUCCAGUUAUUGAGUACUGCUAUUUUGUCUUCUAUCUACAUGUAUAAUAUUUCCAUCAAAUCUUGGGUACAAUCAAAUCCAUGGCUCUUACUAGUAUCCGGAAUUGGUUCCUUGGGUGUUUUAUUUUUAUUAAUGUGGAAGGCAAGAUCCACUCCUUUGAACUAUUACCUCUUGGCAUUAUUUACCAUGUUGGAAGGUCACCUUGUUGGUACUGUCGUGACGUUUUAUGACAAGGAAAUUGUACUUCAAGCAUUGAUUAUUACUCUUGGUGUUUUUGUUGGAUUGACUUUAUUCACAUUACAAUCCAAAUGGGACUUUAGUGGUAUGGCUCCUUUCCUUUUUGCCGGUUUAUCCAUCUUGUUAUUGGCGGGAAUUGUUCAGAUUUUCAUUCCUUUUUCUGAAACUUUCCAAUUGGCUUUAGCUGUUGGUGGAGUCAUUCUCUUUAGUUGUUAUAUCAUCUUUGACACCUACUUGAUCUUCAAUCAGUAUUCUCCUGAAGACUAUAUCAUGGCCUCAGUUAGUCUUUACAUGGAUUUCAUCAACUUAUUCCUUCGUGUCUUACAAAUUUUGAAUGCUAUGCAACGAGAUUAGUGAUAAUCUUGUAUUAUUCAUGAACUAUUUUACUCCUUGUACACUUAGUUUAGCUGCUUCUCGAUUCCCCUCUCUUAUCCCUCUUUUUUUUUUUUUUCUCUCUCUCUCUCUCUCUGUCUCUUCCUUG